UGUCUUGUUCAGGAAGUUGACACAGAAAGCACAGACAGAGGAAAGACAAGAGCAAAGAAACCAAAGCUGUAUCUGAAAGUGCAGCCGUCAAAGAGAAUAAUGUCUCUAAGCCUUUUGACAUCCUUCUACAGACUGAGGUCCCUCUGCAGACUGCAGCGAAUCCAGGGCCACAUGAUGUCGAGUCAGGUGGAACCAGGGGUUCUUCUGGAGAAAGUGGGCUGUGCAGGUGUGAUCACCAUAAACAGACCCAAAGUCCUGAAUUCUCUCAACAUGCCCAUGAUCCGACAGAUCUACCCUCAGCUCAAGAAAUGGGAGAAUGACAAUGAGACUGACAUUGUGAUCAUCAGAGGAGCAGGUGGGAAAGCCUUUUGUGCUGGUGGAGACAUCAGAGCGGUCACAGCAGCAGGGAAAGUUGGAGAUCCUCUCGCAGAGGACUUUUUCCGUGAGGAAUACAUUCUGAACAAUGCUAUUUGGACAUGCAGGAAGCCAUAUAUUGCCCUUAUUGAAGGAAUAACGAUGGGAGGGGGCGUCGGUCUGUCAGUCCAUGGACGGUUUCGGGUGGCCACAGAGAAGACGCUGUUUGCCAUGCCAGAGACUGCCAUCGGGUUCUUCCCUGACGUGGGAGGUGGCUAUUUUCUGCCGAGGCUCUGCGGGCAGCUGGGACUGUUUCUGGCCUUGACGGGCUUCCGGCUGAAGGGACGCGACGUGCAGAGAGUCGGAGUUGCCACUCACUUUGUAGAGUCUAAGAUGAUUCCAGAGCUGCAGAAGGAGCUGGUGAACUUGAAGUCUCCCUCUGCUGAAGACGUCUCCAGAGUGCUGGAUUCCUACCAGAACCAGAGUAGUCUGGAUGCUGACAAGCCUUUUGUGUUGGACAAGCACAUGUCUGAUAUCGACAGGCUGUUCAGCUCCAGCAGUGUGGAGGGCAUCGUGCAGAACCUGAAGGCAGACGGCUCAGACUUCGCUAACAAACAAGCUCAGACGCUGUCCAGGAUGUCUCCAACCUCCCUGAAAAUCACCUAUAAGCAGCUGCAGGCGGGUGCAGCUCUGAGCCUGCAGGACGUGUUGGUGAUGGAGUAUCGACUGAGCCAGGCCUGCAUGAGGGGCUGCGACUUUUAUGAGGGAGUACGAUCCGUGCUGGUUGACAAGGACCAGAAUCCCCAGUGGAACCCGUCAACACUGGAGGAGGUGUCUGAGCAGAGCGUGGAGCAGUGCUUCUCCUCGCUGGGAGACAAAGACCUCACUUUCUGAUGCCUCCCACCUUCAAACACACACCACAUCCCUGUAUGGUCAGUCAUGUGAGGGGACUGUACUGCUGAGGAUGAGUGCAUUACAUAGGUCACAUACUUAAUAGUUUGACUCCGUACUAUUAAAUACCGUGGUGACAUUUCACAGGAAGAUCCAGGCUGCUCCUCUGCAGUGGAGGAAAAGAAAAGAAGGUCUGAUUCAUGUUCACUGCCAGAAAUCUAAAAUAGUAGCAGAAGAGGUAGCUAGCAGAUGCCCUGUAUGUCACACAUGAAAGAUGUUUAGUGUAAACUUGCUCUGCAGUGUUUUUUACAGCAGAAACUCUGUUUUGCUGCAAAUGCAAGGAAUCUGCCGCACAGCAGCGUUAACACGAGAACAUGGGAGGAGAAGAUGAUCUCACCGCUGAGUGCUUUAUUACAUUUCCUGUGGGUGUUUGUUGAUGUGACAUGGAUCUGUAUCAUCUGUAUGUCUGCAGAUGUGGUCCCUUGUUCUAAUGCAGAUAAUGUGUUGUCUCCAUUUCUCUAGUUCUUUUUGUCUUUUUACACUAUUUUUCUCUUCAGUGUCAGAUUUUAGAAGUAUAUCAAUAUUGGUUCUGAUGCAUUUACAUGAUCAUUACGUUACAAAUAUGUGUGUGAUGUGUCUUUAAAGUUAAAGUCACUGUUUUUCAGUAGAUAUCAAAUCACCUUCUGUAACAUUAGUCGUCAUCAAUAGUUGCAUUAUUUAUGAGACAACCCGUCGAUUAGGCAUCAAUGUUGGACCAGAGGGCAAUAAAGACAGUUGGUAAGGUAA